GCGGCGCCGGCGAGUCGACCGCGCACCUCGACGAUCGAUUGGGUGGCUUCACUUUGGCGACACGGCGGCCCGGUCAUGGGACCUACACCGGCUCGACGCGACGGCCCCGACGCCCUGGAGCACCUCGACGAGGACCAGCACUGGCAACACUCGGCGACCAUCCCGCACCCAUUGCGGGCCACGCCAUCCUGGAACCGGCGUGGGAGGAAGGCCUGGAGAUCCGGCGCAGAUGGAGGCACGACCUCGCUAGGAUCCGGCGCGAGGUCGUCGACGAGGUCAAGCUCCUAAUCGAGGAGAGGGCCGAGGAGACGGCGGCCUGGAUAGGGGCGCGGGCCCAUGCGGUUCGGGCCACCUACUCGACGCCGGACAAGCCGGCGGUCACACAAAUCCCGGUGCUGCUAGAACUGCUGCGGCGCUUGAACUACCCGGACCUCCCGAACCUCACGGCGGACCUCACCGACGGCUUCGACAUGAUCGGCGCGCUGCGCCCAGGCCCAGGCUGGCGCAAGCGGACCGACGACCGCUACAAGUACCCGGCGUCCCUUGACACCCUCAGGCAGGUCAACGCCGACUAUGUCCGGCGCAAGGUGGCCACGGCGAACACCACAAGCACACCGAGGCCACCGGCGUGGCUCAAGACCAACGCGUCGGCGCUGCCGUGGGCCCUCGGCGCCACAGAGCUUGUGGAGCCGCCGCCCGGCGAGGCCUUCCUAGCGGCGUCCUUCGCCAUCAUCCAGAUCGAUGAAAACGGCGAGAUUAAGAUUCGCCGCGGCGAAGAUUGGCGGCGUUCUGGGCACAACACCACCAUCUCGGCAGAUGAUGUCCCAACCCAUCACUUCAUCGGCGCAUUCGUCGACCUGGCGCGGCGCAUGGCCCCGGACGGCGUCAUCCUG